AUGAAUGAGAGGGGCUACGAGCGGUCUUCUGACCAAUGCCGCGUCAAAGUGAAGAAACUCUGCCAAACGUAUAUGAAAAUCACAAGGAGACUGCAGCACCUCCAGAUGACACCACUGAUGGAGAAGACCACAGUGCUGCACCCAGCUGUGAUGAUACAAAGAAAGAAAGGCAGGCUGUCCGUGGUGUUCAGGCAAGGAGGCACUUGGGAAGAAAGUGCAAAACUGAAGCUUCAACGUCUGACCGUGGGUUGCAGGCUUGUAUUGCCCAGCAAACAAAGCAGCUGCAACAGAUGUUUGAAGCUGAGCAAAACCGUCAAACGCAGGAGAGUACAGCUCUGGAGAGUCUUCCAAAAGCACAGCAGGAGGCAGAGGAUAAAAGAUUCCAAAUGA